UUUUAUCAGAAGAACAAGAAGGAAGAAGCUCUCUGAAGUUUUGCUCUUUUCUCUCUGAUUUUCGCUACGGAUUUUCUUUUUCCUUCUGUCGUGUUUUUAGAUGCCAAAGAAGGUAAUUCGGGAGAGAAUUCAUGAGAACUCUACUGAAAGUCUGAAGGAAGGUCGAGGAUCUGAAGCUUGUGAAGAGGGAGGAAGAAGGAGAUAACAUUUGAAGAGCUUUGGACGGGGUUCCUUAGAAGGAAUUCUAAGUGGAUUCUGUUCUUAUUUGCGUGGCUGAUUGCGAAGAUCGGGUUCGUUUCAUUGAAGAUUACAGAGAGACGGUCGAGAAUUUCGAGUUCAGAGAUACAUUUCGGAUAGAUUUGAGUGGUUUUUAGAAGAAAUCUGGAACCUUUCUAUAAACAAUAAGGAUAAUAUCUCUUUUAGAGAUAUUGGAUUCUUGCAUGGGAGUCCAAGGUUUGGGCUCUGAAAUGUCACCGUUUUGUUGAAUCCCGGUCAUAGAUUUGCAUUUUUGUUAGUUUGAAGACUCGAGAGGAAGGCCCGUUUUCUGUGAAUUCCCUGGGUGACAGUGGCAGAAUCUGUGUGGUGCAGGUGAGAAAUCAUCAUCUAAUGAGAAGAUCGAGGAUUUCUGUGUGGCGGUUUUCAAGUUCAGCUUAGGAAAUUUGAUGUUGGUUCUUGAGGGGCUUUUAUACGGUGAAUCGGAUUUGAAUGCCUUCAACGAAGCAUUGAUUUCUUUGGUUCUUUGUAUUCAGCGUGUCCAACUCUGGAUUUUUUUUGGGAAAAUAAUUCCGAUUUUGGACUUUUAUCUUUUGAAUCAGAGUUGAUAAUUCUCCGCUUUGUACGUUAACGUACAGAAGAUGGAUAAGGACUCUCUGUCUCUGAGGAGCAGCAAUCUUACUAAUAAUGCGAACGCAAUCCAUACAAACGGUAGAGAGACAACCGGAACGGACGGAACCUCGUUGCUGAGACCAGCUGGUUCCGAGACCAUCACACAAACGACGACGUCGUCGGAAUUCGUGUUGCAGUGGGGGAACCGGAAGCGGCUCAGGUGCAUGAAGGUCCAGGUCAAGGACAACGACCCGACCGCCCCGGCUCAAAGGACCACGGUUCGGGUGGACCGGCGGGUCGUGAGGGCCGAUAAGGACUCGUUGAGUCAGCCCGGCGGUGGUAAUCAUGGUAAUGGGUAUUUGAAUCUACGUCAGCGACACCCUUCCCCUCAGCCGCCGCCGCCGCCACCAUCGCAGCGAAUUCUCAGGAACUCGGAGGCAUCAGGUGCGAUGAGAGGACAGAGCAACGGAGUCGCGAGGGGAAUUGCGUCGCCCGACAGGGGUGGUGCCCACGAUAAGAGAGGGAAUCAGGCCAAUAACCAUAGCAUCAACCUUCACCACCACCACCAUCACAACAAUCACAAUGAGAAUAACAAGUCUGCGGCGUCGUCGGAGACUGCGCACGACAGCAAGAAGGGCGGCGGAUCGUCGUCCGGGAGCGGCGAGGCGAUACCCCCGGUGUGGCCACCGAAAUUCGUCAUUGCUUUGACUAACAAGGAGAAAGAGGAAGAUUUCAUGGCCAUUAAGGGGUCCAAACUGCCUCAAAGACCCAAGAAGCGAGCAAAAUUCAUCCAGCGCACCCUCAAUUUGGUUAGCCCAGGAGCAUGGUUGUGUGAUCUGACUCUGGAACGAUACGAGGUCAGGGAGAAGAAGAUAUCUAAGAAGAGACCAAGAGGGUUAAAGGCGAUGGGCAACAUGGAUUCUGACUCUGAGUAGAAGAUAAAUUCUCCUUUGGGAAAUGAGCAUUGUUGUGGUAGGAUUGUGCGAGGAAGAUAGUGUUUAAUAUGAUGAGAAAUAUGUAAGAAAAGAAAAAUGUAAGAACUGUGUGAAUCAUCUUCACCUUUCACUUGUUGAAGGAAUGAAAAGAAUUUAAUUAUUUAUUCCUUU